GCAACACCCAGUGAGGACAUGGGAAAGGAAAAUGCAACAUUGCUGACAGAGUUAAUUCUCACAGGACUCACAUAUGAACCACAGUGGCAAAUCCCCCUAUUCCUGGUGUUCUUGGUUAUCUAUCUUCUCACCAUUGUGGGGAACCUUGGUCUGAUUGCCCUCAUAUGGAAUGAACCUCAGCUUCACAUCCCCAUGUACUUUUUCCUUGGAAGUUUGGCAUUUGUGGAUGCUUGGAUAUCAUCCACAGUGACCCCCAAGAUGCUGGUCAACUUCUUUGCCAAGAGUAAGAUGAUCUCUCUCUCUGAAUGCAUGGUACAAUUUUUUUCCUUUGCAAUCAGUGUAACCACAGAAUGUUUUCUGCUGGCAACAAUGGCUUAUGAUCGCUAUGUGGCCAUAUGCAAACCAUUACUUUACCCAGUGAUUAUGUCCAAUACACUAUGCAUCCGGCUGUUAGUUUUGUCAUUUUCAGGUGGCCUUCUUCAUGCCAUAAUUCACAAUGCUUUGUUAUUCAGAUUAACCUUCUGUGAUUCCAUCAUAGUACAUCACUUUUACUGUGACAUUAUGCCAUUGUUUAAGAUUUCUUGUACUGACCCUUCUAUUAAUUUUCUGAUGGUAUUUAUUUUCUCUGGGUCAAUACAAGUAUUCACCAUUUUGACUGUUCUUGUCUCUUACACACUAGUUCUUUUUACAAUCUUAAAAAAGAAGUCUCUACAAGGCAUACAGAAAGCUUUCUCUACUUGUGGAGCCCAUCUUUUAUCCGUAUCUUUAUACUAUGGCCCCCUUCUCUUCAUGUACGUGCGCCCUGGAUCUGCACAGGCAGAUGAUCAAGAUAUGAUGGACUCUCUAUUUUACACUGUCAUAAUUCCUGUGUUAAAUCCAAUUAUCUAUAGCCUGAGAAAUAAGAAAGUCAUAGAGUCAUUGAGUAAAAUGUUAAAGAGAAAUGCUUAG